CGGGCCGCCCGCGUCCGCUGCACUCUGAGCCAAGCCCGCCUGCCCGCCUGCCCGCGCGCGGCUCUCCGCAGCCUGGCAGGACGGUGUCAACCCCCAGCCCGCCCGUGGCUCUGGCAGCCUGGGAGCACCGGCCAGCAGGCGCCGCGGGGCAGCCCUGCCUCUGGGGUCCUAGCGGAGAAAAGGCCGUCUCCAUGGAGACGCCGCGCGCUCCAGCAACCCUUAAGCCUCUGAGAUGCGGCGAUGAGCCAUUUGUCUGGCCGGGGCCGGGGCCGGGGCCGGGGCCGGGGCCGCGACUCCCGGAACCCAGCGGCGCUGAGGGCGAAACGUUCACCGACGCGCGAUGCCUCGCCACCGCCUCAGCCCACGCGGGAGAUGCGCCGGGCUACCGCCAACUUCGAAAGUACACGUCGCCUAGCGACGAUGCGAGGCGGGGCCAUACGUUGUCCCUGCCUGUCCGAAACUUCCGGUUCCGGGGCCGCGGCCGUAGCGCUAAGGGCUUCAACCCGGCCACUCGGCAACGUACCGCUACAGGCUUCGGCUGCCGAGGUACCUCAGUAUCGGGCUCUCUUGCUCCGCUGUCUGUUUCCUCCGUUAAUCAUGCUGGAACAUCUGAGCUCGCUGCCCACACAGAUGGAUUACAAGGGCCAGAAACUGGCUGAACAGAUGUUUCAGGGAAUUAUUCUUUUCUCUGCAAUAGUUGGAUUUAUCUAUGGGUACGUGGCUGAACAGUUCGGGUGGACUGUCUAUAUAGUUAUGGCUGGAUUUGCUUUUUCCUGUUUGCUGACCCUUCCUCCAUGGCCCAUCUAUCGCCGACAUCCUCUCAAAUGGCUGCCUGUUCAAGAAUCAGGCACAGAAGACAAGAAACCAGGGGACAGAAAAGUUAAGAGGCACGCUAAAAAUAAUUGAUGGAGGUUUUUCAUGGUUCAACAUCUGCUUUUUGUCCUGUGAGACGAGCUAAAUUGCUUUCAUACCCAAAACAUGAGCUAAAACCACCUAUACUCUUAGAGCACAGCUAUGUAUACAUUUAAAUCUUUAUGUUUCAUUUCUAACCCAGUUUGGUCCCGAAAAUAUCUGAGGCCCUGUUUUGGUAAUCUUGUUCUGAAAUGGAGAACAGAAAACACAAGUAUGCAGUGUUCCUUUCAGGUAUACAAAAAUAAUAAAUAAAUGCCUCAUAAACAAUAAUAUAGUUUAUCAAAGGUUUUAUAAUUCAUUAUAGAUCAUUUAACUGUUUCCAAAAAAACCCAGUGCAAGUCUAGGUCUAAAGGGUCUCUGUUGAUUGUUCUACAAGACUAUUAAAACUCAAAGUUAAAGUUCA